UUGAAAAGUUUGAGAUUGUGCAGAAUGCUGUGCACAUUUCAAAUUUCAGCAGAGAUUGCAGGCGUGACGUGAGCUAGAAAAUGGCGCAAGCGGCGCUUUCUAGAGCGGGUUCCCAAUGGCUGCUUGGCAAUGCAUGCUCCUCUGCGCAAGGAAAGUUCAGGAACCCAACCGCAGAGCAGUAUGUCCAUUCCUUGUCGUGCGCUUUUAAACUCACAAAUACGCCUAGCUGCAGUGCACAAGCAAGGUUACAAAGCAGUGCAGGCAUGCGAGCAAGGGGGCGUGCAAAUGUGAAUGAUGUGCAAACCAGAUGGGGAAGAGCGAAUGCAGGGGGGGUAUUCAGAAGGCACAUGUGCAGAGCGAGCGUUGGCGAGGCAGGCGCCGAGCUGAGCGAACUAGAGAAGGUACAAAAGUUGGACAAAUUGAUUGACAAGCUGCGGGAGGCUAGCGAUAGGGAGCUGCCGCAGAUAGUCGCCCAAAACGUGAUGGAACUGGACCAGGUGUUUUGGCUACGGAUGGCGACCAGGUCGGACGUGUGCAAGUCGGAAGAUGAUAAGGAGGACUACGUGGAGCUGUCCCAACGAGUGAUGUCUCUCGUUGACAAGAUCGUGAGGAAAACGACAGAGAAGAUCGACGACAACGCGGGCGUGCUCGAGAUGGUGCUCGAUGCGGCGGCGGAGCAGACGGGGGAGUGGCGGGUGCCGCUGUCAAAAGAACGAAUCAACGCCAUGAGAAAGGUGAUGGAUCAGCGGCAAGAAUACCUGGACGAGACGUUCUUGGCCAGCGUCUUCGCUUACACUAGAAAGGUCGAGAAGGAGAACAUGGGGUCGAUGCUGGCGGUCCUCCAGCGGGUGAUGCAGCUGUGGGCCAGCUGGUACCUCACUAAACACCCCAAGGGCCGCCUCAACAAAGAUAAGAAGACUCCGGAAGAAGCCGUCCUCGAACGAGUUUUGAAAGCGGAGGUGGAGGACUGGGAGCCCAUUUUGCGAGAGAACCUUGUGUUCCCGCAGAGCAAGCUGAACGAGGAAAAGUUCUUCAACACCAUCCAAAGCAGGAUGGAGCGCUCCAUACUCUACAUGGAGAACGGGUCUUAUAGUCAACGAGUAGUAGCAGAGUACCUUAGAGAGAUCCAAACUAGGUCGCAAAAUAUACUGGAAGCCUCGCGAGCCCCGCCACCGGAAGUUAGAAUCAACUUCGAAAAGUCUGAGCAGUCAGGUAGUCAAUAGCGCUGAGCAAGCUGAACCCGUUUACGACCUACAAACAGGAGGGGAGUUGAAAAGUGCCAGUUUCGUUGGAAGCAAGCCUACGAGUCUCCGUGCCCUCCCACUGAAAUGCCUUGCUUGGCUGAUUCACCUGUGAUAUGCGGU